AUGCACCUCUCGUGGAACCUGUCGUUUUUUCUUAUCUUCAUCGCGGCAGUGAUGGCGGCGCUGCAAAGCCCAGCUGAUAGGCCGUUAAACGAACAGUUCAUCUUACAAGAGCGAAACUUACAAAUGUGCCAAAGCGCAUUUCCUGAUCGCGACUUUAAGAUCGAGCAUUUCAACAACAUGUAUGACGAUAAUAGCCCGAGACCAUUUGAUCCGAUGUGGCUGCCAACCGGCUUCUACGAUGCCCUCGAGCGACCAAUCUCGGAGGAAGAGUAUGAUCGACAAGUCGAGUACGAAAGGCGUACAGGUCUCCCGUAUCACCGCGAUCGCGAAGACGAGCAGAAGCGUAAGACGGCUCCGCUCUCGGUCAAGGCAUUCCAACAGCAUUCAUGUUCGGGCGAACAUUCUGCGGAAUUGACAGCAACCGAAACUUGCUUGACCGUUCCCAAAGGAGUGGCUUUUCAAGUCGAUAGUAUCUCCAGCCUCUGUGCAAUUUGGAUCUACGCAGAUGAAAAGUGUUGGUUAGAUUCUUUUGAGGUUUUAGAUGCCCUUUCCGGUGCGGAAGGUUGCUUCUCUCCUGGUGAUUUCGGAAGUCUCGAAGUCGUCUGCUCGGACGAGCUUCCGGCCUACGAUUGA